AAUGCGCUCAGCUUGCCCACCUGGGCCAUUCACAUCUCCAGCACAGUGGAGUGGGCCACUGCAAUGCUCCUGUUCUGGCAAUAUGCUGAAGUCACAGGGAAUCAGCGGUGGAAGGGGCUCACGUGGGGGAUGCUGCCACUACUGGGAGGUGCCUUGGCAGCAUGCACAUACCACUUCUUUUACAACCCUCCAGAGCUGGACAUAUUGGUGGCACUGCAAGCCUUCCUGACCGUUGCAGGCAAUUGCACCUGCGCUUGGGCAGCCUAUCGCAUCUAUCAGGAUGCAGAAGCCUCAGAUGCUUGA